CUCUUCACCCCAAAAUCAACCUACAAAAGUUAAAAGUUACACCUUACUAAACACAAACAACUUCAUAAUGGCUUUCCACUUCCGGCGACUUUGCUUCUUCUCAGCUCUUCUUGCCGUGGUUCUCCAACUCCUUCAUGGCGUCUCUGGCCAACUAGUUGUGGUUGAGGAACCUAUUUCUGCUCCUCCGCCUCCGCUGGUCGACCUAAACACCGGUGAUGGCAUUGUGCCGGCGCUGUUUGUCUUCGGUGACUCUCUAAUAGACAAUGGGAAUAACAAUAACAUUCCUUCCUUUGCCAAAGCCAAUUAUUUUCCUUAUGGCAUUGAUUUCAAUGGCGGUCCGACCGGUCGAUUCUGCAAUGGCUUAACGAUGGUCGAUGGGAUUGCUCAACUAUUGGGGCUGCCACUGAUUCCGGCCUACUCGGAAGCUACCGGAGAUCAAGUACUUCGUGGUGUCAACUAUGCUUCCGCAGCCGCGGGGAUUCUUCCUGACACCGGAGGAAACUUUGUGGGACGCAUACCUUUCGACCAGCAGAUUCAUAACUUCGAGACAACACUAGAUCAGGUGGCGAGCAAGUCCGGUGGUGCAGUGGCCAUUGCGGAUUCGGUGACUCGAAGCUUGUUCUUCAUCGGAAUGGGAAGCAACGACUAUCUCAACAAUUACUUGAUGCCCAAUUUCCCUACCCGUAACCAAUACAACUCCCAACAGUUCGGUGAUCUCUUGGUUCAACAUUACACCGAUCAGCUCACCAGACUAUAUAAUCUUGGUGGUCGGAAAUUUGUAGUGGCCGGACUUGGAAGAAUGGGGUGCAUUCCCAGCAUUCUAGCUCAAGGAAACGACGGUAAAUGCUCGGAAGAAGUGAACCAACUUGUUCUUCCUUUCAACACAAACGUUAAAACAAUGAUCUCUAAUCUCAACCAGAAUCUCCCGGAUGCUAAAUUUAUUUACCUCGACAUCGCUCAUAUGUUCGAAGACAUCGUUGCUAACCAAGCAGCUUAUGGUCUUACUACUAUGGACAAAGGAUGUUGUGGAAUAGGAAAAAACAGAGGACAGAUCACUUGUCUUCCCUUUGAAACGCCUUGUCCUAACAGAGAUCAGUAUGUGUUUUGGGAUGCUUUCCAUCCUACAGAGAAAGUUAAUCUCAUAAUGGCAAAGAAAGCGUUUGCUGGUGACCGCACUGUCGCGUACCCGAUCAACAUUCAGCAAUUGGCUAGUCUCAAUUAACGAUUAUGAAGACUAUCAACAAGACAUAAAAACUUGGUGUUGUCUUUGUAGUUUCUUUUUUGUAAGGUUUUGAGUCAAAUCUGUUUUCCUUUUAAGACGUUUUGAAAACGUCUACUGUGUCACACUUAACGGUCCAAAUCAAUGUACUCAUCGUUGCUUCCUUUGUUUUCUUAAAUAUCAUCAAUUAUAAAAUUACAAAAAACACACAAUCUUUUUCUUUUUUUUUAAUAAAUCACACUAAUCCUGAAGCCUAUGGAGCUUCGGAGAUUCAGUUCUUGAUAUGUAUUUAAGCAUCAUCCAACCAGAAAUUGUUUAUACCGGCGGAUAGGGUUAAGGACAGAAUUUAACGCCGGAGACACCAUAGUUACGGUGACUAGGCACCGUGAAAUGACGGAGUCUUCCCUCUUGCUUCGUCAUGUAAUCUCUACACAAAAACUCCAUUGAGAACUCAUCCUCCACUUUCCUAUCCACAUCAUGCACAAACACAGCCGUUGUCUCUUCCUCAUCCUUCCGUCUCCUCGCGAUCAUCCCCGCCGUGUAAAUCGCCGACAUCCGUCCCGGAGCUUCUUCAUGAAACCCCGUCGGAGCAUCCACCAUGAUUAGAUCCCACUCUGUCUCGUAAACCACCUCCGGUAAGCCCUUCAACGCAAGC